AUGUCUUCUCAGGACUUUGUUGAAGCAAACUCGCUUUCUGGUCUCACCCAACUUGCUGGGAACCCUCCGAAGUAUCCACGAAAUCCAACCGAGCGGAACAGGGCCAAUCUGGUGCUUUAUAUCGCUCGAGUACCAGGUAGUAAUGAUAUCAUCCUUACUACCUUGAAGCCACAACUCAAGAACGUCACAUCCGAGGAUAUCGCAAGCUCUUUAUAUUACUUGCAUCUAAACUCGGAUGAGGACGCCCAACUCUUACCCGAGGAGCAGCCCAUUCCUUCUCGGGCAUUAUCUAAGAAGACUUUACCCCGAAAACCCGUGCCCGAUAGCUUUAGAGGUCAGUCUCUGGAUAUUAAUAGGCAAAGUAUGUUAAACCCAGAGCGCCUACGACAACAAGUACCUGCGCUAGAUACUCAAAAGGAAGAUACUUCGGGACAAGAUGUCAUCUUGACUCCGCGUGAUAGCCUCGCCAAUACGCCAAUGGUGACAGAAGCAGGUACAUCUCGGCGGUCGGUAGGUCAGCAUCCUCCUGUGCGUGCCGAUACCGUCAACAGAAAGCCUCCCUCGAAAGUAACGCCCCAGAGUUCGAUAUUCACGUCAGAGUCUUCUCAAAUUGGUAGUCUUGAUCACAAUGACCUGGGAGUUUCACACCGACCUCAAAGUAGCCAUACGAUGUUCGAAAGGCCGAAACCAAUCGACGAUUUCGCAAAGGCAUUUUCGAUAACCAUUAUUCGACGAGAUCCAACUUCGGGCGGCCAAUGGAAUGUCGGCAUAGUUGAAGGAAAAUCAAAUCCUCCCACGGAAGGAAUGACGGCGACUAAAAAGCCUUACUAUGACAUUUCUGUGCAUAUCACAACGCCAGGCUAUAACUAUUUCCGCUACCACACUAACCCGAUAGGCAAUAUCAAGCUCGGUGGUACAAAUCCGAGUCGGGAGUCACAAGGAGCUAAUUAUCAACCUCCCGGAAAUGAAGGAUCCACAUCAGUGACGCAAAAAGCUGGGGUCUCCGGAUCAGGUUUUCACCGUCAAGUCUCUAUGGAAUGGGCUAAUUCAUGGAAUAAAACCUUCAAGCAACAUCGAAGGGCGAUAUCUGAUUUCUCGGUAAAUCACAGCAGGAAUAGCAGUGGUAGCUCGGAUGCCCCACAGCAAUCUGAUCCAGAUAAUCGGUCCACGGAAGGAUACGAGAAUUCUCGCGCCAAGGGUUACACAUUCUUAAGUCCUUGGGGAGGUACCUGCACAUUCUCUACCGGUGGCGCGGGUCGGUCCUUACGGUGUCGACACAGAUUGCCAGCCCCAGUGUCCGCCGACGCUCUGGCCUCCUCGUCGAGCUCGGUGACUGUGAGCGAGCUUCGCUUCAAUCUACCAAGUUCGGAUUUAUUCGAUAGAGAGAAAAUGGACUUGGCUGCAGCUCAAGUCAAGAUUGGAUCGUCUAAACUCACACGAAAACUAGGGAGUUUCCGCAAGAGACUAUCUAAGUCUAGCCCUCAACAUCCAUCUGAAACUCAGCCGCAUCAAACGUCUCGUGCUACCCCACAUACAAGUAAUGGGGAAGAUCUUUCUUCACUACCACCAAGACCUUCCUCAAUUAGCUCGUCAUAUGAAGAAGGUUCUCCGCCCCUGGCACAGAGAUUACAUAACUUUUUAGACGACCUGACAAUAUCGAACGAUAACGUCGAUCGAUUGGACCUUAGUAUUGGACAGGAGAAAGCAGGUGGCGGAAAUAGAGGCAAACGCGCAAAACUGGGAAAACUGAUUAUCCAUGACGAGGGCUUGAAAAUGUUAGAUUUGAUCGUCGCGGCCAAUGUUGGCGUUUGGUGGACUGUUUGGAGUCCAAAUUAG